AUGAGUGAACAACCAUCGCAGCAGGGGCAACCUAGUGACCCUCUUGGAACCAGUGUCGAAGAUUUAUACUUGGAGAGUUAUGCGUUCACCACAGCAGCUGCUAUUGUCGGGUCUGUUGACCGUAAAAUAUUUGUGUUGUUAAGAGACGGAAGAAACUUUUUCGGUAUAUUAAGAACGUUUGACCAAUUCGCAAACUUGGUUCUCCAAGACACAUUUGAGAGGAUAUACGUUGAAGGAGAGCCCAAAAAAUUUGGCGAGAUUUACCGAGGUGUUUUCAUAGUGAGGGGUGAAAAUGUGGUUAUGAUGGGAGAACUCGACAUAGACAGAGAGGACGACCAUUUGGAAACUCUACAACAAAUACCUUUUGAGCAAGCCGAACAAGAGCAGAAAUUGAACCAAGAAAAACUAAUAAAAGAGGAAAAAUCAAAACAAAAGACGUUAUUUGAAAAAGGAUUAAUUUAUGACUUUCAACAAACUGUUUUAUACUAG